AGAGCGCCGCUCGCGAGGGGCGGGGAGGUGUGACCAGCUGGGUGCGCGGCCGCCGCGGGGCACCUGCCCCACGCGGGAGCCACUGGGCCGCUGGUGGAGCCGUGUGCUCAGACACGCACGCGCGCGCCCACCCGCGCGGUUUCUCUGUAUGCAUCUCGCGUGGAAGACGUACGGCAGACUUGCAGAAACAGUGAUGUGCAUUGGUUUCUGCUUUUCAGGCUUGUUUGGAAUGCUGUAACACUGAGAAGGUCUGCAUUGCUUGCAGCUGUUUAUCAGAAAAGAUUUCCAGCUCGGGAUCUGUGUGCUGCUGCUGAUUUUCCAAUGAAGUACAUCCUGGUUACUGGUGGUGUCAUCUCAGGCAUUGGAAAGGGAAUCAUUGCAAGCAGCAUUGGCACCAUACUGAAAUCAUGUGGUCUACGUGUCACUGCAAUCAAAAUUGAUCCUUAUAUAAACAUAGAUGCUGGAACCUUCUCACCAUAUGAACACGGUGAAGUUUUUGUAUUGAAUGAUGGUGGAGAAGUUGACUUAGAUUUGGGAAAUUAUGAGAGAUUCUUGGACAUUAAUCUCUAUAAAGAUAACAACAUCACCACUGGGAAGAUAUAUCAGCAUGUCAUCAAUAAAGAAAGACAUGGUGAUUACCUGGGAAAAACUGUUCAAGUUGUUCCACACAUCACUGAUGCGGUUCAGGAAUGGGUGAUGAAUCAGGCAAAAGUUCCUGUGGAUGAUGACAGAAAAGAACCACAGAUUUGUGUAAUUGAGCUGGGUGGAACUAUUGGAGACAUUGAAGGAAUGCCAUUUGUUGAGGCAUUUAGACAGUUCCAGUUCAAAGCAAAAAGAGAUAACUUCUGUAAUAUCCAUGUUAGUCUCGUACCACAGCCUAAUGCCACUGGUGAGCAGAAGACCAAACCAACACAGAACAGUGUUCGAGCAUUGAGGGGCUUAGGCUUAUCUCCAGAUUUGAUUGUCUGCAGAAGUGCAAAGCCUAUAGAAAUGGCAGUGAAGGAAAAGAUCUCCAUGUUUUGCCAUGUGGAGCCUGAACAGGUGAUAUUUAUCCAUGAUGUUUCUUCCACUUACCGAGUACCAAUCCUGCUGGAGGAACAAGGCAUCAUUAAGUAUUUUAAACAGAGGUUAAAUUUACCUGUUGAUGACCAGCCAAGUGAUCUUCUAAUGAAAUGGAAGAAAAUGGCUGACAGGUAUGAAAGGUUGCUGAAGGUGUGUUCCAUAGCUCUCGUUGGCAAGUACACAAAACUAAGUGACUGCUAUGCAUCUGUUUUCAAGGCUCUGGAACACUCAGCGCUGGCAAUUAAUCACAAACUGGAUUUAAUGUACAUAGACUCGAUAGAACUUGAACAUUCUACAGAAGUUGAGAACCCAGUGAAAUAUCACCAGGCAUGGCAAAAGCUGUGCAAAGCAGACGGCAUUCUGGUCCCAGGAGGGUUUGGAAUUAGGGGAACAGAAGGCAAACUCCAAGCUAUCUCCUGGGCAAGAACAAAGAAAAAACCUUUUCUUGGAGUUUGCUUGGGAAUGCAAUUAGCAGUUGUGGAGUUUGCAAGAAACUGUUUGAACUGGAAAGAUGCAAAUUCUACAGAAUUUGACCCUGACACAAAAAACCCUGUUGUCAUUGACAUGCCAGAACACAAUCCUGGAGAUAUGGGUGGAACAAUGAGACUUGGGAAGAGGAGGACUGUUUUUAAAACACAAAAUUCUGUUUUAAGGAAACUUUAUGGCGAUGAAGUGUUCGUAGAGGAACGACACAGGCAUCGAUAUGAGGUGAACCCAGAAUUGAUUCGCUGCUUUGAAGAGAAAGGUUUGAAGUUUGUUGGCCAUGAUACGGAGGGGAACAGAAUGGAAAUUAUUGAACUGGAAAAUCAUCCAUAUUUCGUGGGAGUUCAAUUCCACCCAGAGUUUUCCUCAAGACCUAUGAAACCUUCACCUCCAUACCUUGGACUGUUGCUUGCAGCAACUGGGACACUUGGUGCAUAUUUGCAGCGUGGAUGUAAAUUGUCUCCAAGUGACAGCUACAGUGACCUCAGUGAUGACAGUUCUCCAGAAAAAGAGUUUCCUAAUUCAGGAACAAGCUAAAAUGAUUGUAUGAGAUCAUAGAAACAGAUGAUGCUAUUGAGGUUUUAGAAAGUUGGAACAGGACUAUAUUGGGUAGAAGAAAGCAGAAGAGUAAGCUGCUUAACUUCUUCGUAGUAUCUUCUCCAUACUAUUUUCAAAAAAUCUCUUUACAGAAGGCAAUUUUAUUAUCCCAUAGCAAAAACUCUUCUGUAUGAAUACUGUUUCUCUUUAAAAUCAUAUAAAUGGCUGUUUGUCUUAGUUGUUAAUUGUUAUUGAUCUUGUCCUACAUUGCAGAAUGAUCUCAGGUGAAUAUGUCUUAGUUCAUUAGGUCACAGCUGUUCUUCAUUUGCAGGAAGGAUUCUUUGUUUUCAGUUAGCCGUAGAACAGUAAAAUAAAAUACAUUCAUUCUUGUGAAUGAGGAGGGAAUGCACUAAAAAGAGAAAGUUAUUUUAUCUGCGAGCAGUAGAGAAUUGUCUCAGGUUGUUUCCAUAUUAAGCUUGUUGUGUAUAUAUUUUUUUUACUUUUUUGCUAUUCAUGUACAAAUGAGAAAUUAUGUUACUCUACUUCAGCCCUUUGUGAUUAUAAUAAUUGAUGUUGAAUAUGCAUGUCUUUUAACUUUGCUUCUUAAGUGAUUUCACUUUGCAAAAGUUGAAGUUUGUUUGCUCUAUUUCCCCUGAAAGUCUGAUAAUGCUGAACAUAAUUCUGAUCUAUCAAAUUACAGAAGUGAUAUUAGAAGGCAUUUUUGUAUUUGUGUUUUGUAUUUGUAAGAGAGAAAGUAAAUACACUCAAUGCAAUCUGUACAUUCGUGUGAAAGUUAUAGAAGAAACAGUCAUAAAUCUGGAGCAUAAUCUGGGGUCCAGCCUUAUAACACACAACUAAUGUCAAUAAAUAAGUAUAAAGAUGGAUUAAAGUUCAUCCUUGCUCUGCCUCAUCUAUUGACGACUCCAUGGGGCUCAUUCCCCGGUAGGACAGAACAGUGUAUUUUAAUUCAGAAGUCAUGAGCUGCUCUUCAGUCUGACAAUUGGAGGGCAUCCUGCAAAGCCAGGAUUGCAGCCUGGAAUCACUGAGACAGAAGGAGGAGAGAGGUGCUCUACUGUAUAUAAGGCUGGAUCCCACCAGCAGUAUGAUGUCAACAGAUCUGUCAGAGUGUGGACCUAAACUGUAUGACAGGCUCCAAAUGCCUGAGGCACCCUUUCCUAAAAAGAAAAUUUCUGAAAUUUGAGCUUUAUCUUUCAGUUUGUUUUUGGGCAAAGUGUCUUUUUUUAAUUGAUCAAAAUGUAAAUAUCUGUACAAAAAUAAAAUGCACCUUGUACCCUUUACAUAUUUGUAGAACAGUAAGUUUGCAUUGCCUUAGAAAACCUCAGAUUAUACACCCAAUUUCUCUAUUCACUAAAAGAAGUGUAAAUUGUAAUCAAAUGUAAACUAUGCUUCUAUAGCAGUGCUUUUCUAAAGUGGUUUGCAAAUAUGUGCCUUAGAAAUAGCAGGUAUUAAUGGAGUUGGUAUCACUAUGUCUUUGUGUCAAUGAGAGACACUGGCCACUGGUUUGUAAAAGAUGAAACAUUUCCUAAUAUUGUCUGUAAUGUUCAAAUAUAUUUUCAAAUAUAUUAAAUUGUGUUAUUCAGAAGUGUUUA